CGUUAUUAAGUUAUUUAAUAUUAAGAUUUAAAGAAUAUAUUUUUCCUGAUUUUAACCAGUAGCCUAUGACUUUAAACGUCAAGCGAUGUGAAACAAUAUAUCUGGCCAUGCCAUAUUGUGACACUUUGUUAAGAAAUCAGCAUGUUAUUAUUAUGGAAUUCACUUAGAAUUAACUAAUUAUAUGUUUUUUCUUACAUUUUCGUUUUCAUUUACAACUUGUCAAUAAUAAUGAGGAUACGUUAAUUUGAAUUAGGUGUUACAGUAGUGUAUCUGAUAUUUUUGUUAUUAAAUAAUGAUUAUUAUAACUUAUCUAUUUUUGUUAGAAAUAUACUUUCUAAGAAUUUUAAUAACUAUUUUUUAGCAUUUAUUGAGAACGUAAAACAAAACCAAUAAAAUAAUGAAUUUACCCUAUAUUCUGAAAAUUCUGUAAAAUUAUUAAAAUAUUUGAAAUAUUUCUUAAUCUAUUUAAUAAAUAGGGCUUGAAUAAUACGAAAAUGCUGUAGGUUUUAAUGUAUACACAAAACUAAAUCUAUAUAAAGACAAAUUUGCCUGACCAACAAAAUAUCUAAAUAUCUCCUCGCCAUGUAAAUGGUGCCCUUAAAAAGGUAGCCAGCAAAUACUACAAUCUACACGGUCAGCAAUAACUCAAACCAUCGACGCAGAUGUCACUGUGCAGAAGCCGAAACGUUUGCGAGAGCUGCUCAAUGAGAGGUCCUUUCAAAUUUGGUUAGGAAUCCUGGUGAUUGUUUCCUUGGUAUGCACCUCCAUACUUAUUUACUAUGCUGUGGAUUUUUCUGCUGUCCCCUCAAGUCCCAUGGUAGCAACUGUAGGACACGAUGACGAUCUGGGUGAUGGAAUUCAAAUCAUACAUAGAAACGAAUGGUCAGCCAGGCCACCCCUAAACACUACCAGUGUAGACGGACCCUUAAAAAUAGUGCGAAUAUUGCACACAGCUGGGGCUAACUGUAAGGACUACCAAACCUGUGCCGGUAUGGUUUUAGGCCUUCAGAUUUGGCAAGUGGGAACACAAGAUAUGGUCGACCUGGCAUGGAACUACUUGAUCGGUGGAGAUGGAAAUGUGUACGUUGGAAGAGGACCUGAUGUACAAAACGAGUGGAUGUAAGUAUUUAUACAGGG